AUGGGACAACAUCCUUCAUCGGGAGAAAGAAAGCCAAACUUUUUAGUGGCUGGAUCGAAUUCGGAAUAUCAAUUCGGAAUUGGAGCAUCAAAAUUUACUUCCCUUCAAGAAGCAACCUUGUUUUCAAAUGAAAAUAUUGUCAAAGUUGCAUGCGGACCAAAUUUUACCUUUGUUUUGACGGAUGAAAAUGUUUUAUAUGGAACAGGAUCUAAUAUUUAUGGUGUUUUAGGUUUAGGAUCUCAGCAUCAUGAAAAUCAAACAGGUUUUGUUAGAAUUCCAAUCUCUUUUCAUAUUCAAGAUAUUUAUUGUUGUCGAUCAAUGGCUGUCAUUGUUUCAGAUGGUUAUUCUGUUAUUAAAAGCAGAUCAUCAUUAGAGCACAGUGGUGGCCAACGAUCUUCCACAGCAUGGAAUAAUGAUGAAAAAAAGGAAAAUAUAACAAAACAACUGUUUUACUGGAGCGGAGGAGAAUUGUCAGUAUCAGGAUCACCUCUUGUGAAUCAAUUCUCACCCAUUGUGGAUUGGAAUUUAACAAUUAAGGAACGAGUCAAAUUUAUGGAUGCUCAUCCCACUUCAACAUUUUUCAUUAUUGUGACAGAAUCCAACAAAAUAUACUUUUCAGGAAUCAAUGCAUAUGGUCAAUUUGGAAAUGGAGAGGAACGAAGAUCAUUUAAAUCUCUUUAUUUUCUUCCUUCUGCAUUAUUUCCAUCAUAUAACGGAGUGAGAAUGGUUGCGUGUGGAGCUAAUCACACCGUCAUUGUGACAGAUAGUCACGAGCUUUACACCAGCGGAUUGAACAAAUUUUAUCAGUUAGGACAUACCAAUGUAACCUCAACCAAUACUUUCCAAAAACCAAAUGUAAAGUUUCAAGGACAACCAAUUCGAAUGGUAAAAUGUGGAGCUAACUUUACAAUUGUUUAUUUAGAAAAUGGAGAUUUGUACGCUUGUGGAAAUAACACCUUUGGUCAACUCAUGAAUGGCGGCUUUCACGAGAAAAUCACCUUUCACAAAGUUCUCUCCCAAAAGGACAUUGUCUCUCUUAGUUGUGGGGACAAUUUUACAGUAUUUAUUUCUUCAGAUUUCAGAAUUCACAGAGCUGGAUGCAACACUCAUGGUGAAUUAUUUAUUGACACACAAAAACCAUGCUCACUCAACCCCAUCUCGAGUUCUGUAAAUCGAUCCUACAAAUUGUUUGGCAUUUGCUGUUCGAAUGGAUACGUUAUUUUGUAUCGACAACAUGGAAAUUAUUUUGGAGAAAUUUAUCAUCAUCCCAAAUGGAAAUAUUACUCGUUUGUUGUUGCACCACGAAGGGCCAAACCCUUGAUCUCUCAGCAGCAACGUCAAGAAAAGAAAUCGCCUCAAAAACCAUCGCAAGAUCAAUUGAUAUUUAUUCCAUCCACAACAGAAGCCACAUACAAGCAAUAUCUCAUGUAUCGAUCAAUUUACGAUCAUUUUCAUUUAAUGAGACAAGAAAUUAUUCCAUACCUUAAAAGUAGAGAAGAAGAGAAUAUGACAGCCCAUGAGAGAGUAUUUUCCGACAUUUCUAUCGUAUCCUUUCAUGCAGUACCAAGCUCAAGGAAUUAA